AUGGUUGGCGCGCGUCGUUGGUUGCGUACGAGCGCCUUGAGCGUCUCUCGCUGCUCGCAUCCCUCUCAAUCACACACCCUUGCUUUCACCACCGCCUCGGCUCCACGGAGAUCCCCGUCCUCGACGUCCUCGUCAACCUCCGCCUCUUCCGCUUCAUCCUCCUCGGGCUCGUCGUCUUCGGGCUCUUCUCAGUGGAAACCUCCGCCUCCGCCGCCAUCCGGCUCCACAGCAGCGUCCCGCAAGCAGUCGCGCAAAGAGUGGCUCCUCGUCGGCGUCGCUGGCUCAGCUGCUGCCGUCGGCUCGUGGUAUUAUUGGUCCAACAUUCGCCCUCGGCACCAAGCCAACAAGGCGGCUGCAGCAGCGCUCGCUGCCAACUCGGCGCCCUUCUCCAUCACCGCAGAGUCGCGCACCUCCUUCUCCAUCCCUACCCGUCAGGCUCAGGCCGGCGGUCCCACCAACAAGGUGGUCUCCACACUCACCAACGCCGAGGUCGAUCGCCGUCUCACCGAGAACCAGCGCAGCACGCGCGUCGAUCGUCCUCGGGGCGCAUGUCUCGUCGCGCGCUACGACACCAACUCGGUCGCCAGCAAUGACCCCAUCGAGGACAAGCGCGCAGAGGUGAUUGUCGAGCGCGACAGGGGCGUCGCAGAUCCCCGCCCCUCGUCCGCAUCCUCCUCCCCCGCCACUACCACCACCAACACGCCCAACACCGCCAGCGGCAGUCUCAACGGCGACCUCUGCUUCUUCGCCGUCAUGGACGGACACGCCGGCUUCCACACCAGCACGCUCCUCAGCCAGAAACUCAUCGCCUUUGUCGCCCUCGAGCUCGACAAGGUCUUCCGCGAGGCUGGCGAGUACGCCGAGAUUGCAAAGGCAAAGAGUGCCAUGCCCAGCAAGCUCUGGCGUGCCCUCGUUGGUGGCAGCUCGCGCACCUCGUCUGCAUCCGGUAUCACCAGCGGUCUCGACGGCGACCCAGAGAUCGUCAAGCGCGCCAUCGCAAAAGCCUUCCGCGGCCUCGACAAGGAGAUCGUCAACACCCCCGUCGAGCUGCUCAAGGAGUACGAGCUGAGCCUCGCAUCCACCUCGUCGAGCUCGGUCCAGCCCGAUGGCGGCGCAGGCAGCACCCGAAGCCUCAGCUCGCUCGCACACACCAUCUUCCCGAGCUCCACCAAUGCCACCUUUACCGCCACGCAGAAGAGCGCGUACGAGAGUAUCCUUCCGGCGCUCUCGGGAAGCUGUGCGCUGCUCACCUACAUCGACUCGGCGCGCCAUGACAUCUACGUCGCCUGCACGGGCGACUCGCGUGCCGUCGCCGGCUACUGGGACGAGGACACGGGCAAGUGGGAGGUCGAGGCGCUCUCGGUCGAUCAGACCGGCCGAAACCCGGACGAGGUGCGUCGCAUGCGUGCCGAGCAUCCUGCCAACGAGUCGGAAAACGUCAUCCAGCGUGGCCGCGUGCUCGGCGGGCUCGAGCCCACGCGUGCGUUCGGAGAUGCGCGCUACAAGUGGGACCGCGAGCUCCAGGGCCGUUUGUACGAUGCCUUUCUGCCGGGUGGCCGGUCUUCGACGCGAGGACCGCCCCGCGGCCUCGAGACGCCUCCGUACGUCACGGCGACGCCUGCGGUGGAAUGGCGCAGAGUGGGCGAGACGAGCUCGAGCCCGAAUCGCGAGCUGCGCUUCAUCAUCAUGGCCACCGACGGUCUGUGGGAUAUGAUGAGCAACGAGGAGGCGGUCAGCCUUGUGGCGGGUCACCUUGCGGGCAUCAAGGGCACCAUCCGAUCGUCCGAGCUGCAGCGUCAUACCUUCCAGCCCAUCGACAAGCAGCACUCUCUGCCGUCGAAUGCUGGCGCGGCCGCGACGUCGUCUGUAGCCGCAGCAGCUAAUGCUCCGGCGGUGGCGGGGCAGGCGGCUGUUCAGAACCCCGUGCGCGCGGCGUCGUCCGAGGAACAGCGCGAGCUGGCCGUGUCCAAGCAGCAUCCGCUGUCCAAGGGACCCGAGCCGCUCAGGACGUUCCAGUUCCAGGACGACAAUCUCUCCACCCAUCUCAUCCGCAAUGCGCUCGGAGGUGCCAACCAGCAGCGUGUCGCGGGUCUGCUGGCCAUCCCCGCCCCCGAGAGCAGAAGAUACCGCGACGACAUCACCGUCAACGUCAUCCUCUUCAACUCGCCCACCUCAACCCCCGCCCGUCCUCCCCCCACUGAUCCGGAGCAGCACGCACACGAACCGAUCAAAGCCAAGCUUUGA